GAAGCGGCGUUCGCCCAAGUCACCGCAGCCUUCGGGAAGCCGCAAGGGGAGGUCGCGCACAUCGAAGAAGUAAACGACGUGGACAAGGUAGAAGCGGCCAUGGGCCAGGUCAAUCUCGCGGACCAGCCUACCGAUGAUCUAGGCAACUGGGAAUCGGAGUUCAACUCGAUCAUGAACGACCUCCGCGAUUCCGACUUUGACUAUGGCGCAGGCAUGGAACAGGCAUGGAAAGAGAGCGAGGACGGCCGGGUAGAUUUGCUCGGAAGGGAUGGCAUAUCGUUUAAUGAGGAAGGCUUGCCGCUUCUGGAUGCCUAUGCUUUCGACUCGAACAACAAGUAUCUAGACCCUUCAGCGUCGACCGGCUCGCCGCUCGAUCAGGCAAAGGCUCUAUUGGAGCAGGGUGGGUCGCUGUCCGAAGCCGGGCUUUUAUUAGAAGCAGCAAUACAGAAAGGUGAACUAGGGGAGGGCGGAUACGAGACGUGGAUACUGCUAGGGGAGACGAGGAGUAUGGACGAGCGCGAAGAGGCCGGUAUGAAGGCUCUUAUUGAGGGCGUCCGAAGGGCAGAGGAAGCCGGCGCAACCGGUGCAGGGAUGUUGUCCCUAGCCAUCUCCUAUACCAACGAGGCUUUCGACCGCGCGUCACACGCCACGCUCCUUCGAUGGCUCCGCGCGCGGUUCCCCGACUACCCAAUCCCGGAAUCCGCAACAAGCUCUCUCUCGCGGUCGUCUUGGAACUCAUAUGACAGCGUCACGGAGACUUUCCUCGGUCUUGCACGCUGGCAGCACGGUCAGGGUAUUGUCGAUGCCGAUGUACAGGCCGCGCUCGGUAUACUAUUCUACAGCAACUCAGAGUACGAGCGAGCCAAGGACUGCUUCGAGAGCGCGCUGAGCGCGCGCCCUGAUGACUACCUUUUGUGGAACAGACUGGGGUCGUGUCUGUCCAACGGCAACAAGCCGGAGGAGUCCCUCGGCGCCUACCGUGAGGCCCUUCGCCUCCGACCGACCUAUACCCGCGUAAUCUACAACGUCGGCGUGGCCUGUCUCAACAUCGGCGCGCACAAGGAAGCCGUGGAGCACUUCCUGAGCGCGCUGUCGAUGCAGGAGGUGCCGGGGGAGAAAAGCGAGCAGCUGUGGUUCACGCUCCGCAGAGCGUUUCUCGCGAUGGAUCGGCCUGAUCUGGCUGACAUGGCGAAGACGCACCCGAAUCUGGAAGUCUUUCGAUCUGAGUUCGAUUACUAGAUGGCCGCAUCGGUCAUGUUGGCGAUAGUGGAUUUGUACAAUACGAUGAUGUGCGGCUGUGGUCGUGCAUAAGUUCUGUAAUUUUGUGGCGCUGGCCU